AUGAAGGCAAGCACAUCGAAAAGCAAAGAGCAGACAGACAUUGGCAAUGAGGAGACAAUGCGGACAGUCUCUCAUCAUCUUGACAAUCUCCUGUUUCCUGUGCUGGCCGGAGAGGACAUGGUAGUUUGUGGCUCUGAGCAGAGGAAGAAUACUGUCAUCGAUUUCGUCGACAAAAUCAACUUUCUGAAGCCGAAAGCUCAUCCGAAUCAUAAAGUAGUACUAUGGACGAAAGAUCAGGAAGUCCGUCCUAAAGGAGUGGUUGGUGUAUGUUACGAACGCGGAGAAUCGGCUGCAUUGAAUCUACCCGACGCUGCAGUUCUUGACGCAAAUGCCUGUGUGCUACGUACUGUUCCUUAUCGUGGAGUGCUACUCUCAAAUCUGAAGCACAAGAGACGAUUCCCUUCUGAUGCUGCUCUGAUCGCGUUUGUGGCCGCCGCGCUUACUAAUUUAUCUUCUUUGGUGUAUAUCUCUCGAUUUCUGUCGCCAAUGCAUCUGGAGAGCGAAAAUCUCUCGUUCGAUGACGAGCGAAUAAUUGUGAAUCUUCUGACUGAACUGGACCUGGUCAAAUAUCAAGGGCUGAAAUGUGCCCUCGAAAAGAGGCGGUCAAAUGGUGUAACAAAAGCUAUCCUACUUUGA